GGUGAACCGGCUCAGUGCCGCUCUCCUCCAGAGCAUUCCUCCACCAAAUAUGGCGAACGAGGGGCGACGUGGCCGGUGGACGUGACGUGGCCAACAGCAAAACCACAGUGAAUGCUGGGAAGUGUAGUCACGGCGAGUUAGGCGUGAGACCUUUGUUCGGAUGACUAUCUAGCAAACUGAAAAAUCAAUCACAGAGAGACAUUAAUAAAAGGAAAAGGAGCCACACAACAACCGUGACAUCAACAUGAACUUUGGAUUCUUCUUCACCAUCGCAUUUCUUAUUUCUAGCACAGUCAGCGGAUGUAAGGUAGACGUCCAACAGCCAACGGAGCUGAUGAGAGAAAAGGAGCAGCAGUCCGUCUCUAUCCCGUGCUCCGUCACCGUGUCCAGCUGUUCAGAGAGCCAGACUCAGAUCUCCUGGUAUGUGUUCCGGAGAGACUCUCACUACCAGCUUGAUUUGCAGAGCCACUCAUUGAGGUACACACUGGAGCAGCAGGAUCUGAGAAUCAGCUCUUUGUCAGAAGCAGACUCUGGGGUUUAUUACUGUGCAGCGGCUCUGCUGGAUGUGGCGCACAGUGGGGCGCAGGCAAUCGGACAGGGAACCACUUUGAAAGUCUCAAAGAAGGGCUUGAAUGUCCGUCAAGCGCUGUUGUUGACAUUGCUAGUCCUGCUGAUUGUGUACAGCCUCCUUGUCCUGGUCAUCAUCAUCUGCAUAAAGACUGGAAAAUUCAAAUCAGUCUUUAAAAGAAGAUGGAAUAAAAGUGAGAACAAGAAGGACUCAGGUAUGCAAGUGGUCUUCAGUGGAGUGAUGCAAGAACUGUCCAAGAGGAACUUAGUUGGUGGCAAAAUUCGGGCGCACAACAAAGUUUCACAAGACAAGUCUACAGGUGUUCAGAAUAUGUACCAAAGUGAAGAUAUUUACCAAAAUCUUGAUGAGUGAAAGAAAACGAACUUCCUGAUCCACACUUGUCCCGCUGAUCUGCAAAACCUGCAGCUUCCUACAAACCUGGAAGCUAUGAUCUUGAGAAAAGAAGUUUCUUUCAACAUAUUGGAUUUUUGCACUCACUUACAAAUUUGUCAUGUAGCAUAUGUGUGCUUUUAUUACUGAAUAAAAAAAUAAACUUGAUGUUGUAAUGUGGUGACCCAAGAUUGCAA